AUGGAAUCCAUUGCCAACAAAUCCUACAGACUGUGGUUAGACAAGAAGCAACUUUCCCACCUUCUGAGGCUAUCGAGCAGCUUUGUCAAGCCACGGGCAACGACAGCCGAUCACGUGACCAGUCAGCUGAGGGAGUCGGUGAAGAUCGACGGGAGGAGUGGCGAUUGGGCUAGUUACAAACUGGUGCCCUUCACCAAACAGACAGGGCCUUGCCGACCCAAGGGGAAAACACAGAGGGAAAAGUCAGAUGGGAGCAAAGAUACGAAGAAGGGAAGGGCCCACCCAUUCCCGGAGCCGAAAACCGGGACCUGCUCCACUCUCCGUCAGGGUGUCUGCUGGCCAAAGCCAAUUUGGAACCCCAGCACCAAUCCCUCUUCCCCUCCUACGGCUGAUACCUCCAGACAGAUAGGAGGUGAUCAGCAAAUCAACCUGAACUUAAUGCUGCAGCAGCACGAUUUUGGGAUCUUGUACGAGUUAGUGCGCAACCAGCUGGGCCAGCUCGUGCUGAAGACCAAAGUUGGGGAUAAGACCUGGCCAUUACCCAGCCUGCCCCUCAACACCAUCAAGCAGGAACUGUUCCCCCAUUGGGUCGACCAGCGAAUAAGGAUUCCUGACGAAUUCAUGGCAGUCGACGUCCUCAAACUUCCCAAGAAGCGGCGCACAGGCAAAGACAAGGCCGUGAUAGACAUGUACCUGCGUGAGUGGGUAAAGCAGGACAUGUCCUGUCAGAUAUCUUCACUCUCCAGCCACCAAACAGAGGCCACCAGUCCCACAACAGGGACCAGCCCAGCGCAGCUUUCAAACCAUCACUACUUACUUCAAAGGGGCAGAAAAUGCUACAGCCUCAAACCCCCAGAAAUACACCGCGCUCAGUUGAUCCAGUCAGAGUCCCAGUCCGGAGACAAGAGCUCUGUGAUACAGGCAGACACACCCAAUCCUGCACUGUCACACCAGGGCUAA